GAUACUAACAGCAAGGUCGAGAAUUGGUGCCGCUGCUUGACAUUUUAGGUAACGUUACCUCAGCCGUGUGGUGCCACCACAUGUCAAAAACGUGGUUCGUUUGCUGACAUGCAGUGAUAAUGAGGAAGUUUCAAGGACUUAGUACCGACUGUCCGCCAUAUUUUAAUUUUGCUGUAUUGUCAAUGAGUUGUCGUCUGAGUGUUAUAGAGUAAUUUCUGCUUUGCCGCGUUGUAAACACAGCUAGCAGACAGGAGCUAGCUCAGUUUCAUUUCAGCUCAUUUCAGAUAAACAUGAGCUCUGCUCCAAAUCACGGUGCCGUAAACGUUACAGAGACAGGACUGUCCAGAAAACCGGCCUCUGCUGUCUCGUUAGCAGGACAUGUCCAACACGUCUUUAACCAUGUGAAGGUAGGAAACCUGGUCGCGGGACUCAGUGGAGGAGUGGUGUCAACGCUGGUGCUUCACCCACUGGACCUGGUCAAAAUCAGGUUUGCAGUGAGUGAUGGCUUGGAAUUACGACCCAAGUACAGUGGCAUACUGCACUGUAUGAAAAGUGUCUGGCAGCAGGAGGGACUGAGAGGACUGUAUCAGGGAGUGACACCCAAUGUUUGGGGUGCUGGAGCAUCUUGGGGUCUCUACUUCUUUUUCUACAAUGCAAUCAAAGGGUACAUCAAGGAAGGCCGUCAAACAGAACUGAGUGCCACAGAACACCUGGUGUCUGCAGCCGAAGCAGGCAUCCUAACACUCACCCUAACCAACCCGAUCUGGGUGACCAAGACCCGGCUGGUGUUGCAGUACAAUGCUGACCCAACCAAUAAACAGUACAAGGGGAUGGUGGAUGCUCUGGUCAAGAUCUACCGCCAUGAGGGAGUGCCUGGACUAUACAAGGGUUAUGUUCCUGGACUUUUUGGCACAUCUCAUGGAGCGCUGCAGUUCAUGGCCUAUGAAGAACUGAAGAGAGACUACAACAAAUACAAAAAAGUGCCCUCAGAUACAAAGCUGAAUGCUUUGGAAUAUAUCACAAUGGCAGCAUUAUCCAAAAUAUUUGCUGUGGUUACAACAUACCCAUAUCAGGUGGUGCGAGCUCGUCUGCAAGACCAGCACAAUAGAUACAAUGGACUUAUUGAUGUUAUAAGACGGACAUGGAGGAACGAAGGCGCUGUCGGUUUCUACAAGGGAAUCAUCCCCAAUGUGAUUCGUGUUACUCCUGCCUGCUGCAUCACCUUUGUAGUUUAUGAGAAUGUGUCUCACUUCCUUCUGGGACAAAAUAAAUGAGACUUAAAACAAGCGUAUGGACAGCUGCAAAGACCCUGAGCUCACAGUGACACUUUGGUCCCACAUCAAGAUACAGACAGGAAAGCAUUAGACUGAAGCUGAUCUCUCACAGUACGUUUAAAUGUGCUGAUAUGAGAAGCAUUCAUUUGGACUGAAAAUGAAUGAAAAUGUUGCCAACAGAAUCACCAGUAAGACUAAUUCUGGAUUUUCUGUGAAAUGUGAUGAAGACGUCAUCUGUCUCUGAUUCAUCCUAAACUCUGACCAUGGGGAGGAAAUAUGCUGUGGUUUGCCCCAGUGGGUUUAAUGCUGUUGUGAUGAUAGAUUCUUUUUUAUUUUUUAAAUUGAUGUCCGUGUUGGGUCUUACAAAUAAAUAUUUCAUCAUAUAGUUAUGUUUACAUGGUGUGUUGUCUCACAGCAGAAAGGGAUUCAGGCUAAAAUAUUAAAAGUUGAUUAUCAACAACUAAUAGAUCUUCUCAGGUUUCUGGUUGUGUGAAUUUGUAAUAUUAGUUUUUUUAAAUUAUUUCUUUAUUUGAACAGCAACAGUGGAGAUAGUAUUUAGCCUAAACACACCAACACAGCUCCAAAAAUUCAUUCUUUGUCGACACAAAUUGUAACUGUAUUGCUUUAUAACAUUUUGAUAUAAAAUCCAAACUGUGCUUUA